GCUUAUGAGCAUUGUUGGGUCAUCCUUCAAAAUUGACCAAAGUGGUAUUGUGACCCUCAAUUGGUUUUCGGUCCUAUUCCACCUAUGGGUCAAGGUUCUCAAAGUUCUCCCAUAGGUAUUGGUUCUCAAUCCUCCCCUAUGGAAGGCCUCGAUGACAUACCAGACGAGGGAGCUACGCCUCUCAUACUGUCUCGCCCUGAAGGACGCGACAAACAAAAGGCAGCAAAAAAGAAAGGUAAGGUAGUUGUUGAAUCGUCAGACAUGUACACUACUCAACUGCUAGAGUUUGAUAAUGAUAUGAGAGAGAGGCAAAAGUCAAGGAUGGAGUACGAAAAUAGAAAAAUUAAUCUUCAAGAGAGGAGACUAGAGAGGGAAGCCGAGGAAUGGGCAUACAAGAGGCAAGUGAGGGAGCAGGAAGCAGAACAAUGGGAUGUUGAGAAGAAAGAGAGGGAGGCCUCAAUACUUUAACAAAAUAUGAAUAUUCUGGAGAAGGAUUUAUCAAAGAUUAUACCAAGAAAGAAGAAAUUUUGGAGGAGUAAACAAAAUGACAUCUAUGGGUACGAUCAAGAUUAUAGGUGUCAAAACAUAGCCCGACCCGAUUAACCUGCCCGAUUAACCCGACCGCAACCCGAAUUGACUAAAAGUCAACAACCCGUAACCCGCCCGACCCGCAACCCGAUUGACCUGCAACCCAACUAACCCGCAACCCGAUUAACCCGCAACCCGACUGACCCGCAACCCGAUUAACCCGAACCCGAUUGACCCGAACCCGACUAACCCGUAACCCGACCGACUCAACCCGAAUUUCAUAUAAUCCACUUGAAUAAUUAUAAAAAUAUACAAUACAUAGUUUUUCAAAAUAAAGUUUUUCAUUCUAAACUUAAGUAAAAUUAUUUUUUCAUUUCGUAUAAGAAAUUUUAAAAAUAUGA